AAAGAAUUUUUGGACAUGUUACAACAAUACAAUAUUGAACAAUAUGUAACAAUAAUUUUUCCAGAACAAGAAUCUAAGCAAUCAAAAAUGUUUUGUGGGUCUGCAGUUAAAAUACUAGUUUCAGAAUAUGUGGCAGAUUAUUAUUCUAAGAACACCUUAGCUACUUACUUUACAGGAGAAGCAAUAACCAUUGCAGUCAUGAAUGAUAAAUUUAACCCAAGGAAUCUUUGGUAA